AUGAGUGGCAGCUCCAGAAGAAUUAAGUUUGUAUCAAUAUCCUUACCAAUAAUGUAUGGUAACCAUGCGUAUAAACUUACGCCAGAGAUGCGCAAGCCUACAACUCCACUUGACCAUACGCAUGAAUGGACCGUAUUCUUCAAACCUGUACUUGGGGACAUAGACUUGACACCAUUGAUCAAAAAGGUUACGUUCAAAUUGCAUGAGACAUACGAGAACCCAGUUCGCACCGUUGAGCAUCCACCAUAUCAAGUUACAGAAACAGGGUGGGGUGAGUUUGAAAUCAUCAUCAAACUACAUUUCCACCCAGGAGUAGACUUGGGUAUAAAUGAAAAAAACUUCCAAAUCUUUCAUGCUUUGAAGUUGCACCCGUAUAAUCCGCAGCAACCGCCACGUGAAAAUGGCGAAGUACAUUCAAUCUUGUACGAUGAGUUGGUUUUCAAUGAACCUACGGAAAAAGUAUUUGAAAUUUUGACCAAGAAACCAAUCAAUCUUAUACCCUACGAGUUAUCGGACCCUGAUAAACGAGAUCAGGAGUAUAUACGACCAGAUGAGAUUGAUGAGUUGAGUCGGUUGGAUGUUUAUAUACAAAAAGUUAAGGAAGAGAUCGAAAACCAAGUGAGCCAGUACAAGGAGUUGGAACAACAGAAACUAGCAUUGACUCAAUAG